CUCAAGCGGAAAGGGAGCGAUAUAACCAAGCAUUAGCAGCAGGUAUAAUAGAUCCAUUGGAUGGUAAAACUAUGCCCCAGAAAGAGAGAAUUCUUCAAGCGCAAGCUGAUAUGGGUAUUCCUUUACCAGAAGGUCGAACAGCAUCAGAAAAGGCUUUAAUUAAGGAGAUUAAAUCCGGUAAGAGAAAGCGAGCCAAAUCAUUACCACCAGCGGAGUUAAAAAAAUUGGAUACAAAAACAGCAAAAAAAAUGAAGGAAGGAAAAGGGCCAAGCGAUGAAUGUAUAUGUGAUAUACUUACACCGGAAUCAGAAAAAAUUGCUAUUAAGUCACGCGUACCCUCAGAAAAAAUUCGUAAAGCUAAAGAAGCUGGCUUACUGACGCCACUUGAAGGUAAAUCUACAAAGGAUAAGGAGAGAAUACUUAAAAGUUUGGCUAAAGAAGGACUACCGCUACCUGAACCAAAAACUGUGUCUGAAAAAAAGUUAAUAGAUAAAAUAAAAACCGAAAUGGGUAUACCUGUUGUAGGAGUUCCAUCGGAAAAAAUGCGUAAAGCACGAGCUCUUGGGUUAUUAACUCCAAUAACAGGAAAAUCAGAUGCUGAAAAAGAAAGAAUUUUAACAGGAUUAGCUAAAAAUGGAAUUCCAUUGCCAAAAGCACAAACGGCUUCUGAAAAAAAAGUUAUAGAAAAAGUACGAAAAGAUCUUGGCUUACCGCCAGAACCAAAAACAUCAUCGAUAAGACGAAAAUAUAAUCAAGCCCAUGAAGCUGGUAUAAUAACCCCACUUGAAGGAAAGACUAUGGCUCAGAAAGAAAAUAUUUUAACUGAACAAGCUAGAAUGGGAUUACCUCUGCCAGAAGGGCGAACACCGUCUGAAAAAGAUCUAAUUAAUCGAAUACGUAAAAAUGUGCCAAAGAAGAAAUCUGAAAUAAUUGGGGAAAUAGGCGGGAUCCCAAUUACAGCUUCUAAAAGGGAAGCUUUCCAGAAAGCGAAAAAGGAGGGCUUAUUAACGCCUUUAAAGGGAAAGUCAAUCGCUGAAAAAGAAAAAAUUGUAAGAGGGCUAGCAGAGGCUGGUUUGCCUUUACCGGAAGGAAAAACACCAUCGGAAAAAGUGCUGAUACAAAAAAUCCGCACUGGUUUGGGCCUCCCUCCUGAACCUACACCUUCUGAAAGACAAGGUAAAAUAAGAACAAAAUCUAAGAAAAUUGGUGCCGAUAGAGCUAAAAAGAGUGAAGUAGCAAUUGGUGUUGGUAAAUCUAAAAUAGGCAUAAAAGAAGAGUUUCAGGAUAUUAUAAAAACUACUACUUGUGACCGUGGUUGUGGUUGUGAUCGAAAAAAGAUAAGGUUUAAACAUAGCUAUGUAAAAAUACGAGUUACAUCUCCAGAUAUAUCAUCUUUAUGCCCUUGUCCUGACGAAUGCGUACCAGGAGUAAAAGGCGGUGUAUUCACUGAUAACGAAGGUAUAAAAGUGACAGUAGGCCAAGUAAGCGCAGCACCUUCAUAUACUUCUAAAGAAUAUAUUAAGACUGAGCGUACUAAAUUGGAGAUUAAAUACAAAAACGAGAAAGCUAAAUUAUCUUCUAUUUCAAGUGACUCAAUCAAAAUAAAAUCACAAAAUCAAUUAAAACAAAGUAGCCGUUUCAGUGAAAGCUUAAGUGAAACUUAUAUUUUUAUUAAAUCUUCAAAUGAAUCAAAUGAUUCAAAACUAAGUAUUGAUAUAUCAACAGUUAUAGGGGCUUUUGAAUCCACGCUUUUUUCUUCGUCUUCAAAUAAAAGCAUACUUUCGAAAUCAAUAAGCAUUAUAUCUAUCACAGUCUCGAAUUGUUCAUCAAAUUCUGCGUAUCUAAUUGAAAGAACUUUGGACUAUUCUUCACAAUCAAAUGAAAGUAUAACAGACUUGGACAUUAUCGAUCAAGUGAAACAUUAUGGGAUUGCAAGGAUGCAUUCCACGACGUUCGAUUUGGGUACCGACUUAAGAUCGGACAGCAAUUUAAAUGACCAUCCAACGAGAUUAUCUACUAUAAAUAAUAUUUAUAAUUGUGCGUGUAAGGCGACUCGUCCCAAUUUAGAGAGCAUAAUAAGUAAAAUCUUAUCUCAGCAAGCUUUAAGUGAAAAUUCAUCGCUUUAUGUUCUUCUUCCGACAUCAUCUGAAAACAGUUCUACCCGAUUAUAUUGUAACAGUGAUGUUAGUUCAACGAUUUGCAUUCAGCUUUCCGAAAAACCUGUAACCUGCAAGGGCUGUUUUGAUACUAGCUACCAUAGUGAGUUCCUACAAAGUAAACAGAAAAAGUUCCAAGGCUUUAAGAUAACUGCAAAAGGCAGAAACAAAGUAACCGAAAGGCACAGAGUUCCGGGAGAACUAUUAACCAUUAAGCCAGAUAGACUUAAGAUGAAGGAAUGUACAGAAAUUUGUACUGACACUACUGAAGAUCGGCCUUGUUGUUGUGAUGCCGCAUAUGAAAAUCCUUUACAAAAAAUAGGAAUGACAAAUGUAAUAUCAGAAUUAGUGAUUCCUUUUAUCAAUAAUGAUGCUUUAUCACAAGGGUUAAAUCGUGAAAAUUAUGAAUGCUGUCAUGAAAUUAUAAGAAAGAAGGAUAUCUCUUAUAGAACGAAAAACUUGGGUCCCGAUCAAACACCAGUACGAAUUUGUAAAACACCUUCUUGUGGAAAUUUUUCUGAACCAACACAACAUAUGCGAAAUUCGCCAUUAAAUUCCAAUUUAAAUGAAAUACCAACUUCUAGUAAGCAAUGCGAAUGCAAUUUUGAACAACUUAAAGAAAUCUUAGAAAAAAUUGGAAGAGAUCUAGCUUCAAAGUCUUGUGGUAGUUCCACUGAAAGAAUUGACGCUAAAGUGGCUAAACCAAUUAUCAAAAACGCAAACCUUCAACAGUCAUCUAAAACACACGAUUGCAUAUCCUGUGGUUCUCUUAGCAAAGAAGAAUUAAAAAACAAAUGUCCUUGUGAGCGACACCCAUCAAAAAGUAAACAUUUGGAAAAACUUAUACCACCAAGACACAUCUAUGGAAAUAAUUCAAACACUGACUUAAAAGAGAAGAAAAAUAACAAAAAGAAAGAUAAAGGACAUAUUUGUGAAUGUCCUCCAGUGACUCAGGAAGAAUUUGACCCAAUGGUUUUGAUUGAUGAAUACGAAAUAAGAAGAAUGAAAUCGGCUUUAACCCAAAACAUGUCUGGAUUUAAAAUAAUUAGUGUACCAAAAGUGCCUGAACCAGAAAUGAGUUUCGAAGAAGCUCUAAGCUACGUUAUACAAAGCGAUCAAGAGAAAUAUGGAAAACUCUUCUGUCUAUGUCACGAAAAGCAUGGGCAAAAGAAAAAAGCAGAUUGUGAAUGCCCUCCUGACGAGGUGCCUGUAAAGACCCUCGAAGAUCUUAAAGGAAUUAAACUUCACAUAGGUGGUAAGGGUUCUUCCUCAAGAGGUUUAAGUGGUAUAUUAUGUUUUCAACUUAUAGAUGACUAAAAUUUCAAGUUUUAAAGUUCUAUCAUCCGCCAUCGUGUUCAUGUUGUUCACACUUGUUCUGUUGUGUUAAUG